AUGCAGUCCAACUACGAUGAUGAUAUUUACGGUGGUUUCAGUACCGGAGUGACCAAUAAGUUGUUUAAUUACGAUGCCAAGGAGGACCAGGCAUUCCAGAAUGCCGUUCGUACGUCCAGCUACGGCAAGAAGGCGACGACACCAAAGUUCUUCUGGAACGGUGACAAAAUUGGUUCGGCCGAACCGACUACGGCCAUGGCACGACCUUCGACCGCAAUUCGUCCCGUCGGCUACUCAUCCCACAGCUCCAAACUGUUCGAUCCGCUAAACCAGGCCGCCAAAAAGAUCGUCGUCAUGGAGACGAAGAAAGAGGAAACACCUGAGCAACGCUACAAGAAUCUCGAGACGAAGAUCUACGCGUUGCUGGAGGAAUCCAUCGUUGCCAGUACUGGGCCGAAACCGGAUAUGGCGAGUGCGCUGGCAAAGGCCAAAGAAGCUUCUUCGCUCGAUCGGACGCUGCUCCGAAUGCGGGAUCAGGAUGGUGGCACGUAUACGCACAAUUUCGAUCUGACCUUCUUCGUGCUGUUCAAUCUGGCCAACGUGUACGCCAAGAACGAGAUGUACAUCGAGGCCCUCAACACGUACACGCUGAUGACGAAGAACAAAAUGUUCCCGAACGUGAACCGCCUCAAGAUCAACAUGGGCAACAUCUACUUUCAGCUGGGGCUCUACACGAAAGCGAUCAAGAUGUACCGCAUGGCGCUUGAUCAGGUGCCGGGCAAUCAGAAGGAGCUGCGACUGAAGAUCACGCACAAUAUUGGCAUUCUGUUCAUCCGCAUGGGUCAGUACUCGGAUGCGGCCACUAGCUUUGAGUUCAUCAUGUCGGAAAAGGGCGAUCUGAAGACGGGGCUGCACCUUAUCCUUUGCUACUACGCGCUAGGUGAUGUGGAGAAGAUCAAGCACGCUUUUCAAUUGCUGCUGGACAUUCAAAUCGACUACAAUGAGGAGGAAAAGCUGUUCCAGGCAAACUCAAACCCAUCGUAUGAGUACAUUAACGAGCUGAUCAAAUCGGAUGAGUUGCACAACUAUGAACGGAAGCUGCGACAGCUGGCUGAGAAGAACAUUCUUAUUUCGGCCAACCUCAUCUCCACCAUCAUCGACGAUUAUUUCAACGAUGGAUACAGCUGGUGUGUGGAGACGAUCAAAAACUCCUACUUCUCGACGCUGGCUACCGAUCUGGAACUGAAGAAGGCAGUCAUUUAUCUGAAACAGGACGACUUUCAACAGGCUAUCGACACGCUCAAGUACUUUGAGAAGAAGGAAUCCAACAUUGCCAUCAAUGCGGCCAUUAACUUGAGUUUCAUUUACAUUUUAAAAAAGGAUGUUGCUGCUGCUGAAACGUAUGCGGAGGCGGCCAAAAAGAUCGAUAGCUACUGCCCGGCGGCGUUCAUCAAUAGUGGCGUUUGCUUUAUGAUGAAAAAUGAUUACGAAUCGGCCAAACUUAUGUUUACGAGCGCACUGGACAUUGAUUCCACCUCCUUCGAAGCGCUGUACAAUAUUGGGCUGAUCUUUUCAAAGCUUGCCGAUCACAACAGUGCACUGCUGUACUUUCGUAAAAUCAUUUCUAGUCUCGGUCACGAGCAGCAUCCUGAGGUCCUGUAUCAGAUUGCACAUCAGUACGAUCUGCUCGGCGAUGUUAGUACUGCCCUCGAGUACUACCUUCAGCUGUUGAGCGUGGUGCAGCAGGAUCACAAGAUCAUCCAACGUAUCGGAGAGCUGUACGAGGCCGAUAACGAGCGGCAGCAGGCGUACCACUAUCAUCACGAAUCGUACCGUAUCUAUCCGAUCGAGGCUAGCGUUAUCAACUGGCUCUGUUCACACUACAUCGAGCUGCAAGUGGUCGAAAAGGCUAUCGGAUUUUACGAAAAGGCCGUCCUAAGAAACCCCCAGGAUCCGUACUAUCUGCUACGCAUUGCCGGCUGCUAUCGGCGUAUCGGGAAUCAGCAAAAGUCGAUGCAGCUCUUUCGCAUGAUCCAUGAGCACUAUCCGGAAAAUACGGAUUGUUUGCGGGCCUUGAUGCAUCUGAAUCAGUCACAGGGCAACAGCGAGGCAUACGAGAAAUACGCCAGCGAGCUGCAGAAGCUGGAAAAACAGAAGGAAGUUCGUCAGCGGAUUGGUACCGGGCGGGCACCGACAUCAGGAAACUCUCGUAUUUCGAGCGGUGAUUACGGUGUGCGUACGGGCAGUGCAGUAGUCACCCAUGAAGGCUACCAAGCACCGGGAACGGCUUCUGGGCACCAUGGAACGGCGAGCGCAGGCAAGAGUGCCGAUGUAUCGCCCGAUUACAGUAACAGCUUUCCGCAGGGCGCUUAUGCUUACGGAGAUCCGCUAGGUCCGCCCCAGGAACGCCCACGAACUGGUGUCCGUCGGAAUCAUACGUUUGAAGAUGAGUCGGACGAGGAAAUCAAUACCUACGAUCUGCUACCGAUGUAACAGACGGAA